AUGGAUCUGGGGAUGCCAGCUGGAGGCUCCCUGGUGCUCUGGGUGAUUGUCAUCUAUUUGUGGAUGGUGGAGCCAGGGACAGUUGCAGGAGCAGAGGCGAGCGGUCAAGCUCAGGAAUGCUCUCCUGGAGGUCACCAGAUCCUCCAGAACCCUCGGAGGAGUGUGGAUUUUGACGCAGCAGAACUGCAGCAGUCGGUGGAGCUGAUGUGUGACCGCUCCCUCCACCCAGGAUGGUACCGCUUUCAGAUCUCAGACAGGCCUGCAGAGAUGCCAACCACAUGUGUAAAGGUGAACCGCUGUGGUACCCAAGUCCCACUCUGGUUGUCCCUGAGAGAAGGCGAGGCCUUGCCACUGCCAGGAGAGGCUGUGCAGCUGACAGCCUGUGCCUCCUGGGAGUUCUUUGGUGCUGCCAAGGACUGCUGCUUGUUCCAGAUUCCUGUGACCGUGAGGAACUGCGGACUCUUCCUGGUCUACUUUCUGCAGCCCACCCAGGGCUGUAUGGGGUACUGUGCUGAAGGUCUGCCUGCUGCCCCAUCACCGCCCUCCCCUCCAGGAGCCCCAGAGGUUGAGGUUAAGUUGAUUGCAUCCAAGAUCUUUCUCCAGUGUACCUUUGAGGGGUCCCCCACAAACAUCUCCCGGGUAUUUGUCAUUUCUUGGUCCAGACUUUCAUCAGAAGGACUCCAAGAGGAACUGAAGAAGGAGACCACAGUGGAGGAGUUCUCCCUUUUGGAACUUGAUGGCAUAAACCUUAGGCUUGGAGAUAGGAUUUUCUGUAGUGUAUCUGCCUUUUUCCGGGAGAGCCCAGGCUUACAAAGUGUGGUCAUCGAGAGUAAAGAAUUCUUUGCUGGCAUUAAGCUCAGGCCAGAGGUAAGCACUAUCUUGGAAGAUGGACAAGAGUACCAGCUGAGGUUAGAGAGCACAGUUCCCGUUCUUUGUCCUGAGCUUGGCCAAGGAUGCAAAGUCUCGUUGACACUGAAAACCAUUGACCAGGGUAAUAAACAACAGGGUUUCAAUCUGGCUCUUUCUUGUUGUCAAGUGGACCUUCCUGAGACAUCGUCCUGUGAGAAUGGGACUUGUAGCCAGGCAGUUAUUUAUUACACAGCCAUAAUAGACUUUGCACGGGAUGGAGACAGAGUUACUGAGAUUGUUGUGGAGCCCAUCGUCAGCGAGAAUUUCCUGUGGAGCGGCUACAUUCCUGAAAGCACACAGAUCACAGUAAAGGACCUUCCCACAGCCAAGUGCUAUGCAUUUACUGAUCCUCAUAUAAUCACACUGGAUGGGAGGCAUUAUGAGCACUUCAAAACUGGAACUUUUGUGCUGUACAAGAGCAUGUCCCGAGAUUUUGAGGUCCACGUUCGCCAGUGGGAUUGUGGAAGCCUUCAUUAUCCAGUGUCUUGUAACUGUGGAUUUGUGGCCAAAGAAGGAGGCGACAUGGUUGCAUUGGACAUGUGCAGUGGCCAGCUUCAUGAGUCACAGCCCUAUUUAUUUGUGAAGAGCAGAGACCCCACCAGCAGUAUCAAGAUUAAGGAGUCUUAUUUAGGAAGAAAAGUCACGAUACUCUUUUCUUCUGGAGCUUUUGUUCGUGCCGAUCUUAGCGAAUGGGGCAUGAGUUUGACAAUCCAGUCUCCUAGCUCAGACUACAAAAACACCCGGGGACUUUGUGGCACUUUUGAUGAAGACCCAGAAAAUGACUUCCAUGACAAACAUGGUGCUGUGAUCAAGGACCAUUCCAAUCCAUAUCUUGUUUUUAUUAAUGAGUGGAGGAUAUCACCAGGAAAGAGUAUGUUUGAUAAACUUCCAGUUUCUUUGAAAUCUCCAGGAAAAAUCUUCUACUGCAGUUGUGCAGGAGACAAGGCUAGAUUCUGGUCUGUCAAUCCUCUGAAUAGGCACCCUCAAUCAGAAGUCAUUUCAGGCUGCGAUGACAGUGAACAUGUCAGACGUUCUUCUUUGAUACCAGAACUUGACAUCACUACAGAGUAUAUCGGUGCUGAUGAGCUGAGCAGAAGUUUAAAGAAGCGUUCAUUGAGAGAAGAAAAACAUACAGGUUCCCUUUCUUUGAGCCAAGAAAAAUAUGUUAAUCUCACAAAAGUAGAUUCCAAAGGGUCCAUUCAACACAAAAGGGACAAAGGGAAAAUAGACCCUUUGGAAGUCAGGAGACGGGUACAACAUUUGGGCCACCAUCUCCAAGAAAGACAACUUGUCCAAAACAGGCAGAAAAGACAACAUUUGCAUGAAUCUCCACCCACAUUUUCUUUCCCCAGUCUCAGCCCCACCGACCUGGAAGGAUUAAGCUAUUUUUUUCCUGAGGACCAUGCUAUGGAUACACACCAAGAGUUUGUACCCUCAUGGCCCACACCUUCUGGGCUGAUGGAAGCCCAUGUGUUGGAAGCCUGCCAUCAGACCCUGGCUAACUCCAGCAUUGGAGGAUACUGUGCAGAGUUUCUUGGUGAGAGAAUAGACAGUGUUGUUGGGAUGUGUGUGAAGGACGUGCUGUUAAAAGAUGACCUUAGCUGGGCAGAAGCAGGUUUGGCGCUCUUAGAAAAUGAAUGUGAAAGGAGAAUUUUGGAAGAGGGAAAGUACAACAUAGAAGAUUAUGGCCCAUCCAUUGGAGAAAUUCUCCUUGUGUUAAAGUGCCCCAAUCUGUGCAGUGGACAUGGACAGUGCAUGGAAUGGGGCUGUGCAUGUUUCCCAGGCUUUAGUUCCUUUGACUGCAGCAUCUUGUCUGACCAGGCUCCAGAAAUCACAGAGCUUGAGAAGGCUGGCUUGUGCAACGUCCAAGUGGACAGCUGCAGGACAGUGGGAGUGUUUGGUCACGGAUUCAGAGAGUCACCAACAAUUAAAUGUGAAAUGGCUCGGCAGCAGCAUAACAGUAGCCAAGGGGUCCUUGGAGCACCUGUAUACACAGACGCCAUCUUCUACAACAGCACAUUUGUCACUUGCCAGCUGCCUGCCCAUGGCCAGAAGUUACCCACAAUGGACCUGCAGGGGGAUGGGCCAACUGCAAAAUGGCAAGUCAAGGUUUCUAAUGAUGGCUACCGCUUCAGUAACCUCCAGAUUCUGACAGUGUAUGAUGGUACUUGUCAGAUAUGUGACCCCCAUGCCGAGGGACAGUGUACAUUAAAGGAAAAGCAUUGCUACCUCGAUGGCCUCUGCUAUGGGGAGGGGGAGCCCAGCCCGACGAGCCCUUGUCUGCUCUGCAAAAGUGGCCUCUCUAAGUGGGCUUGGUCCGUCUCCGAAGACAACCGACCCCCCGUGUUCCAGGGUCUGCAGGAGAAACUACAGACAUUUUAUGGGGACAACUUUGAAUACCCGUUGGUGGCCUCAGACCCAGAAGGCUCUGCCGUCUUCUUUGCCCUGACCUCGGGCCCAGAGGGAGCCGGUGUCUCUCCCGGGGGCGUCUUGCGAUGGAAAGUCUUGUCCCAGAGUGCACAGACAUUUACCAUCAGCGCCAUGGAUGACUGCAAGGCCGAGGCCACAGUGACCAUUGAGGUGUCCGUGAAGGCCUGUGACUGCCUGAACGGUGGCUCCUGCGUGCCCCAGGGGGACGUUUCCCGAGGAGAUGGGCUCUACCGAUGUUCCUGCCUGCCCGGGUUUGAAGGCUCCCGGUGUGACCUGGACAUCGAUGAGUGUGAACCUCACCCCUGCGGUCCUGGCCAAUGCAGGGACGUCAUGAGGAAUUACUCCUGUGAAUGCCCAGUGGGGUGGACAGGAGCUAGGGGUCGCCUUGUAAAGGAGGACACGCUGGAGAAGGAGAGGGCAGAGCGCCCCAGUGUCUUUGAUAUGGAGCGUGAGAAACGACUGAAUAACAGCCAGGUGCUCCGUGAGCUGACACGCUUCCCACGUGCCGGGCGCCGGGCUGAGGCCAGAGAGCAAAGGCAGAAUGAGAGAGCCCACGUCCUCAAUCGGCUUCCCUCCCGGGGGAAGGCGGGAACACUUCUGCCCAUUAAUGAGACCUCAGGCACUAAUUGCCAGGAAGACGUGGACGAGUGCAGAUCCAGCCCCUGCUUGCCCAGAGGACGCUGCGUCAACGCCUUUGGUUCCUACCACUGUGCCCCGUGUCCCAAAGACCUUCAUGGCGCUGGGGACGCCUGCCACGAAGGCUACGUGGUCUCACGAAGUGCCUUGCACACCAGCCAGACUGAAUUGAUCUGUGCUGCUGGGACUGGGCAGUUGUCUGCAGUCUUGUUUGCAGACCCCCAGGGUGACAGUGUAGGGGCAGGGGCAGAUAUAGCAUUUAAGCCACAGUCCUCUGAGCAGCCCUGGGUGCCCACUGUCACCAGCUUUCCUCACCUUCCACCAUCUACUGAAGAAUCCACGGCCAUGACCAGCCUGUAUCAGUCCUUGGUGGCUCUGAAGGCUGCCCAGCUCUCCGUGACCACAGCUGUAGACCCCAACCUGACUAGCAGCAGCAGAGCACCAGCCGAGGAUGGCCACUCUCUGAGAACCAGCCCAGACCCUUCCCUGGGUGGAAUGAGUCCCAUCCAAACGCAGUCUGGAGCUUCCUGGACCCCGAGCAGCCUCCGGCAGGAGCUAUCGGGAGCUGGUCCCAGCCCAGCUUCCACACCGCCAGUGAUGCCCGAGACGGACCGGCACUCCGCCAGCCCUGGAAGAGUCCCACUGCUCACCUGUGCUGACUCCCCCUGCUUUCCAGGUGUGCCCUGUGCAUCAGCCCUGGACGGAAGCUUCCGCUGUGGUCGCUGUCCCUUUGGUUACUAUGGAGAUGGGGCAGAGUGCAAAGCCAUCUGCAGGUACCCCUGUGGCAGGAGCAUGGAGUGUGUGAGGCCCAACGUCUGCAGGUGCAAAGCUGGCUUUUCUGGCUCCGGCUGCCAUACUGCUCUGUAUCGCCCCAGCUGUAAGAACAAUGGGAAAUGCGUCAAGCCCGGGGUCUGCCAAUGUAUUCCAGGCCUUGGUGGAGUCACCUGUGAAGAAGCCCACUGCAGCCCGCCUUGCCGGCAUGGUGGGAUGUGCUCGGCUCGAAAUCUCUGCACGUGUCCCUAUGGCUUUGUAGGACCAAGGUGUGAGACAAUGGUCUGUAGCAGGCACUGUGAACACGGCGGGCAGUGCCUCACUCCAGACGUCUGCGAGUGUCAGCAGGGAUGGUUCGGCCCUACCUGUGCCACAGCUUUGUGUGAGCCAGUUUGCCUCAACGGUGGUUUCUUCCAUAAGCCAAACACCUGCCUCUGCCCACCUGGAUUCUUCGGGUUGAGGUGUCAAAACGCGAUCUGCAAUCCCCCCUGUAAAAAUGGCGGCCGCUGCAUGAGAAAGAAUGUCUGCUCCUGCCCUGAGGGGUAUGCCGGACCGAGAUGCCAGAAAAGCAUCUGUGAGCCUGCGUGCAUGAACGGAGGCAGGUGUGUGCGGCCCAGUGUCUGCUCCUGUCCAUCCGGGUGGCGAGGGAAGAGAUGCAGCUCACCAAUCUGCCUGCCUGAGUGUCAGAAUGGGGGAGAAUGUAUAGGCCCAAGUGUGUGCCAUUGUCCCACUUCUUGGGGAGGAGUCCACUGUCAAACAGCCCUUUGUGACCCAAAGUGUCUGCAUGGAGGCAGAUGUGUCCUCCCCAACAUGUGUGCCUGUCGGCCUGGCUACUCUGGAGCCCACUGUGAGCAGAAAGGCCCAGGAGCGACCACUUUCUACCUGAAACGAGUGACCUUUGGGGCCCAGGCAGAUAAGGACGGAGCCUGGAAGUGCGCUGGCUGUGGCCGGGUACUGGAUACGUCUUCUCCUGUGGGACACCCCACCUGGUCAGCGAGGGGCAGAAAAUGGCCAGAGGCAUUCUGGGAACUUUGUCUGGCCUUCAAAGGAAAGGCUCCAGAAUGGCUCCAAACCACAGGGCCAGCAGCCAUCUGCUGGUCACAGCCACCGGGGCCGCCAGGUGGUGCGGUAGAUAGUACACCGGGCCUGGAACCAGGAAGACUCAUCUUUGUUGGCCUCAGAGGCUUCCAAGCCGUGUGA